AUGGCAUCCCUGACAAAAGCAGCUGUGGGACCGCUAGUGGGGGUCGUUGUCCAGAACACCAGCUCCCCUAGCUUUCUGAUUUUUGAUUCAAAAGCAGCGAAAAUACUUAGUAAACACCAAGUAGAAAUAACACAAGAAUUCCCACAAGAAGGAUGGGUGGAACAAGACCCUAAGGAAGUUCCGCAGUGUGAGUGUAUUGAAAGAACGUGUGAGAAACUUGACCAACUUAAUAUUGAUAUAUCCUACAUAAGACCUAUUGGUGUCAGCAAUCAGAGGGAAACCACUAUAGUCUGAAACAGGCUUACUGGAGAGCCACUCUACAAUGCUGUGGUGUGGCUUGAUCUAAGAACCCAGCCUGCCAUUGAGAAACUGAGCAAAAAAAUUCCAGGAAAUAAUAACUUUGUCAAGUCCAAGACAGGCCUUCCUAUUAGCACUUAUUUCAGUGCAGUGAAACUUCCUUGGAUGCUUGACAAUGUAAGAAAAGUUCAAAACACUGUUGAAGAAGGUAGAGCUCUUUUUGGUAUUGAGUCAUGACUUAUCUGGAGUUUGACAGGAGGAGUUAAAAGAGGCGUCCAUUGUACAGAUGUAACAAAUGCAAGUAGAACAAUGCUUUUCAACAUUCAUUCUUUAGAAUGGUAUAAAGAGCUCUGUGACUUUUUUGAAAUUCCAAUGGAGAUUCUUCCAAAACUUGUGAGUUCUUCUGAGAUCUAUGGCUAAAUGAAAGUUGGGUCCUUGAAAGGUGUGCCAAUAACUGGGUGUUUGGGGAACCAGUCUGCUGCAUUAGUAGGGCAAAUGUGCUAGGAAAGACAAGCCAAAAACACAUAUGAAAGGUGUUUCUUACCAUGUAAUACAGGCCAUAAUAUAUUUUCUGAGCAGGGCCUUCUGACCACAGUGGCUUACAAACUAGGCAAAGAAAAAUCAGUAUAUUAUGCUUUGGAAGGUUCUUUUGCUAUAGCUGGUGCUGUUAUUCACUGGCUAAAAGACAAUCUUGAAAUCCUGGAGACUUCUGAAGAAAUUGAAAUUCUUGCUAAAGAAGCAGGUUCUUCUUACGGCUGCUGCUUCAUCCCAGCAUUUUCAGGGUUCUAUGCACGUUAUUGGGAGCCCACUGCAAGAGGGAUAAUCUGUGGUCUCACUCAGUUCACCAGUAAAAGUCAUAUUGCUUUUGCUGCAUUGGAAGCUAUUUGUUUCCAAACCAGAGAGAUUUUGGAUGCCAUGAAUCAUGACUGUGGAAUUCCACUCAGUCAUUUGCAGGUAGAUGGAGGAACGGCCAAUAAUAAAAUUCUUAUGCAACUACAGGCAGACAUUCUGCAUAUUCCAGUAGUAAACUCCUCUAUGCCUGAAAUAAUUGCACUGGGAGCUGCCAUGGCAACAGGAGCUGCAAAAGGAGUAGAACAGUUUGAACCACAAAUCAAGGCCUCAGAAAGUGAUAUUCAAUAUUCUAUGUGGAAGAAAGCUGUGAUUAAGUCAAUGGGUUGGGUUACAAGUCAGUCUCCUGAAAGUGCUAACCCUAAUAUCUUCUGUAGUCUGCCCUUGGGCUUUUUUAUAGUUAGUAGCAUGAUUAUGUUAAUUGGAGCAAGAUAUAGUUCAGGUAUUCCAUAA